AUGAGAAAAGAAGUCAAAGAGGUGAUGGCGCGCCAUAACGGCAAUAUGGCGUACGAGGUGCUGCAGGAAUUAACAUAUAUGGAAAUGGUUAUUCAAGAGACGCUGCGCCUGUACCCGCCGUUCCCCAGCAUCCAGCGGAUGUGUACAAAGGACUACACAAUACGGGGAACAGAUAUUAUCGUUGAAAAGGGCACAAUAGUGCUCUUCCCGACGCUUGGAAUACAAAGAGACGAACAGGUUCUUUUUGUUUGUUUGUUGUGUAAUUGUAAAAACGUCAAAUCAAUUUUUAUACUGAUUCUGUUCAUUUCAGGUAAACGCUUCGCUAUGAUUCAGAUGAAAUGCUGCCUUGUUAAAGUGCUCCAACACGUCAAAAUCACUCCAGUACCUCGGGGAAAGGACACAGAACGGACGGAACCCUUCGAGGCUGACCCACGAUCUCCCCUCACACUGCACCCUUUAGACUCUCGAGUGAGACUUACCCUGUUAUGACAAAAAUGGACAAACAGCAGUUGUUAAGCAUUCCGCACGGGUGUAGGGUAAAGACCAUGUUAAUAAUACCUGGUAACCCUCUCUACAUCUAGCCUUAAUUACCGCUAGGUGACGUCAGUAGUGUUCUUGUCGUUGUAUGUUUUUGUCGAGUUCAAUCAACCAUACUAUUGUUAUAAAUGCGAAUGUUUAGAUGAAUGUUUGUUAGAAUUUGUAGUCUAAAUUACUGAGCGGAAGAAGCCGCGUGCCAAAGCUGGUUCCUUCAUAAAGAAUUGUUAUUCUUGUUUACAGAAAAAGCUUUAAUUCAUCAAAUGAUUGGACAACCAAGUGUAAUUUUUUUUUUAUAAUUGCAGUUAAAUUCUGUUUUAAUUAAAAUUUAUGUUUCAGUAACCAUGUGCGAAUGAAUUAUGGUAACAUGUGUAUGGAAAUUUUUAAAUAAAUAUGUAAU